GUGCUUUGUGAAACGAAACUUGGGGAAAACAGCCGGGGAAUGGAGAAGUGAAGCUUUAAAAGGGGUGAGAUUUGUGUCACAGACUGCAGACGAGAGAAGAGCACUUAAUAACCAGAGAAGAAAAGAGUCCUCCGCUGGUGGUUGAAAAUGCUCGCACAUCGACACGUUUUCACUCUGUGGCUUCUGCUACUUCUCCACGACUCUGAAAGUGCAAUGAGAUUUGACCUGUUCAGAAGAGGAAGAGGAAGAGAAAGAGAUCCUGGGCCGCAGGAAGGUGAAGUGAGGCUGUUUGGUGGCGGUGUGUCAGAGGGCCGUGUGGAAAUCUACCACUCUGACACAUGGGGAACGGUGUGUGACGACGGCUGGGACCUGCACGAGGCCCAGGUGGUGUGUCGUCAGCUGCACUUCCCCGGAGCCAAAUCUGUUGUCACUGGGAAGGACUAUGGGAAAGCGUCUGGACCUAUUUGGCUGGAUGAUAUGGAAUGUAAAGGCACGGAGGACUAUCUGUCUACAUGUGCUUUCAAAAGCUGGGGAGCGACUGACUGCAGCCACAAAGAGGACGUUGGAGUCAUUUGUGAAACAAGCGGCUCAAACAUGACCAAAAUUGAUUCUACAUACUCUCUGGACCACAGCAUCAGUCUGUCCGAUGAGCGCGGCCAAAUCUUCGACAGCGGGCGCGGCUGUGACUUCCAGAUCUUUGUCCAGACUGCGACUGGAAACCGACAGGAGGACGAGACGACGGUGGUGGUCGAGACGACGACUUGCGCGCACAAAAUGAUCCUCUCACAGUUCCCGCUCUUCAAUGCUUCAGAGGGGAUCAACAACAUCACGGUCGACAUCAGCCAGUCUUGCGAACCUUUUUUCACCUCCUUCAUCAGGUACAUUUACACCCGCAAGAUUGAUGUGACGUCCUCCUCGGCGCAGUGCCUCCACUGGAUGGCCUAUACGUUUGGGGUGAAGCAGCUGAUGGAGGACACAGGCCGGCUGUUCUCUGAAAUCCUCCCAGAGGACACCUUAUUCCACACCCAGGUGUCCCUUUACAAAUAUGCUGAAGAGACUGGGGACAUGGUCCUCCAGGAGACCUGUCUGCAGUAUCUGGCCUGGAACUUCCAAAAUCUGACCAUGUCCCCUGCUUGGACCCACCUCUCCGUCGAGCUCCUCGGAUCCCUUCUGAUGCGCUCGGACCUGGUGGUGCCAGAUGAAUACUUUGUGCUUCAGACUGUAGAGAGCUGGAUCACAGAGAGGGGUAACUCGGCCAGUUUGGAGACCCAGCUCAACCUGUUGAGUCGCGUCCGUUUCCCUAUGAUCCCCACUGAGGUGCUGUAUGACCUGGAGUCCAACUCCUCGCUCUACAGCACCCAUAAGAAUAUGUAUCAUGAAAAGAUCUUCAAAGCCUUCCAGUUCAAUGUUUUGCUCUUCAGCAAAUUGAUGUCCAACCCAAAGUUCAACCGAGAAGAUGAUGAUUACCGGCCGAGGAUCUACACCGCCGAGCCAUGGAGUGUUGCCAUAAGCCAAUACCAAACACCCUAUCGCAAUCAAUACAAUCAAUACGGUCAAUACAAUCAAUACAAUCAAGGCGCAACCAGGCAGCUCAACACACCGAUCCACAACAGCAUGAUCUUCAAGAGCAACCAGAUUAGCUGGCAGGCAAAUGUCUUCAUGAACCAGUAUGAGUGUUCAAACCGAGGCCUGAGGUGCGAGUCGUUCCCUGCAGCAAGGCUGGCGGCCCAAAGCCGCCCCUCCGAGUUGAGCAACAUCCUUUUCCGUAACCAGCUCCUGCUGAUGUGCCAGGGCAAGUACAUCUGUCAGGUUCAGGACUUCAAGGACGACAUGGCUACGAAUGGGACCCAGGCUGCCUACCCCUGUCCUGAUGACCAGUACACCUACCACUUUGUAGUGAGACCGGAGUAUGUCUGAGCCAAUAGAGUGGAACAGGAAUGAGUCUUAAAACCCGGAAAUGAGUUAGCAUUUUAGCACUUCCGGUUCCCUCGUCUGGAAGUCAAUGGGUUUUUAGUUAGAUGCCUGAAAUAAGGUCUGUGGUUAACACAAGCAUAAGAGAUUUUAACG